UGCCCACCAUGCUUCAACUGCCUCCUCCCCGUCUUUACAUGUGGUCAAUACGGGUACUGUGAUCCAUACGACGGGCAAUGUAGAUGCCCCCCUGGAUGGGGCGGCAUCGAUUGUCUCAAUCCUCAAUGCGACUCGUUAGCAGACGGAGACCAGCGUCGUCUUCGAGAAGAGGGCAAGUCGUGUGAAUGUAAAGAUGGUUGGGAGGGUAUCAAUUGUAAUGUAUGCAACAACGACAACGCAUGCAUCGGUUUCCCACUCGCAGCCGGUAUAUCCCACUUAAACGACGACGAAGGCCCAGUGGCGAAUAUGACAUGCUACAAAGGCGGCGAAACGGUAUUCAACAAUCAUCAAAUGUGUGAUAUCACCAACCGUAAAAUAAUCGACAUGCUACCCGGCCGACCACCCCAAGUAACCUUCUCCUGCUCCUCCCUCGACAAAACCUGCGCCUUCCAAUUCUGGACGGCCCAAGUCGAGUCGUUCUACUGCGCCUUGGAGGAAUGUACUUCUGCGCAUGUACCGGGGUGGGAUACCAAUUCGACGGUGUAUGCGUGUGAGAGGGUUAAAUGCGCUUGUGUACCGGGACGGUUUAUUUGUGGUAAGGAUGGGAGUGUUGACAUCGGCGAUUUCCUGAAAGAAGAAAUCAAAGGCCCCGCCAAGUUGAGCUGUAAAUCGGGGACGGGGUGUAAAUUCGAGGAACCGGCCAUGAAUGAUUUGAUUGACCAGAUCUUUGGAGAUGCGUAUAUUACGUUGAGGUGUGAGGGUGGAGAGUGUUUGCAUUAUUCGCAGGUUCCUGGAUAUGUUAGACCACCCAAACCGGAUAACACCAAAUGGGUCGCAUUAAGCGCAGCUAGCGCCGGCCUCAUCGUCCUUCUCUCAUCCCUAGUAAUCUGGUACGCAGGCCGAACCUCCCUCAACCCCACCCCCUCCCAAAUCCGUCUCCCCGCCCACGAAUCCGCAAAACUAAUGUCCGAACACGUCCCCGCCUCAUUACACUUCACCUCCCUAUCCUACACCCUCCCCUCCUCCCACCUCAUCCUCGACUCUAUCUCCGGCUCUGCUUUGCCCGGCCAAGUCCUAGCUAUAAUGGGCGCCUCUGGGUCCGGCAAAUCUACUUUCCUUGAUAUUUUGGCGAGGAAGAAUAAGAGGGGGGUGGUGAAGGGUGAGAUUAGGGUUAAUGGACGGGAGGUGGGCGAUGAAGUUUUUAGGGGUCUUGUGGGGUUUGUGGAUCAGGAGGAUACGUUGAUGGGGACUUUGACCGUUUAUGAGAGUGUGUUGUAUAGUGCGCUCUUGAGGCUUCCGAGGGAGAUGAGUAUUGAGGCGAAGAGGUUUAGGGUUCUUGAGACGCUUGAGGAACUGGGGAUAUUGGGGAUUAGGGAUGUUAGGAUUGGGGAGAGUGGGAAGAGAGGCAUUUCGGGCGGUGAGAAGAGGCGCGUGUCGAUUGCUUGUGAGCUCGUUACGAGCCCUUCCAUCUUAUUCCUGGACGAACCUACUUCCGGUCUAGACGCAUACAACGCCCACAACGUCAUAUCCUCCCUCGUCUCCCUCGCAAGGAACUACAACCGUACAGUGGUUUUCACGAUCCACCAACCGCGUUCCAACAUCGUCGCGAUGUUUGAUAAACUUGUGUUGUUGAGCAAGGGGAAGAUGGUGUAUUCGGGGGAUUAUGUGGGGUGUCAGGAGUAUUUUGGGGGGGUUGGGAUGAGGUGUCCUGAGGGGUAUAAUUUGGCGGAUUAUUUGAGUAAGUUUUUUUUUUUUCUUUUUUUUUUUUUUUUUUUUGGAGGGGGUUGUGCUACUGUUGCUGUUGCUUCUGCUGGAGAGGCGAAAGGGGUCGCUGUGCUGAUGCUGCUGUUGAUUCCUGUAGGAGGAAGCGGCCGUGGUGCUGGUGCUGAUGUCGAUUCCUGUGUUGGGGAUGCUGCUGAUGUCGACAUGACCACACGAGCAUCAAUGGAACCCCGAAGCAGCAGCAACGAAUCUCUCCAAAUCGACAUCUCACCCGCUUCAGACGACAGCACCAAUCUAGGAGACGAAGAACGUGGGCUCCUCGCACCGCACCACGUCCCCUUUUCGGAGGUGGUGCUUACACUUCAGCUUGCGGCGCUUGUACAGGCAUAUGCGGAUAGUGAGAUUGCAGCUCGGAUACGGAGGGAGAUGGAGGAAGUGAAGAGGGAGGCUAAGGCAUCUGGGAAUGGGAAUGGGGGUGUUGUGAGGAAUGGGGAUGGACAUACGUCGCUUUUGAGGGGGAGGAAGAGGGCGAGUUGGGGGACGCAGUUUAGGAUUUUGAGCGGACAGGCAUUCAAGAACCUUUAUAGGGAUCUGGCGCUUUUGGCUGUUCAUUACCUUUCGGCUGUUGGGUUGGCUGUUAUUUGCGGGCUUUUCGUCCAUGAUGUCACGAAUGAUAUUGCGGGAUUCCAGAAUCGACUUGGUAUCUUCUUCUUCACGCUAGCCCUCUUUGGUUUCUCUUGUCUUUCGAGUUUGGGCCUGUUUGCGAAUGAGCGGAUUCUGUUUAUGCGGGAGAGGGCGAAUGGGUAUUAUUCGUCUUUUACCUAUUUUGCAUCCAAAGUUCUCUUCGACAUCCUGCCUCUCCGACUAGUCCCUCCUCUGAUGUUCGGCGGAAUCGUCUAUGGGCUCGUGGGACUGGUCCCAACCGUAGCCGGCUUCUGGAAGUUCAUGCUCACGCUGGUUCUGUUCAACCUCACCACAGCAAGCGUGGUCUUGUGGCUGUCCAUUGCCUUUGAUAGCGUCAGCGUGGCAAGUUUAGUUGGGACUCUUGUCAUGUUGUUCAAUCUGUUGUUCACGGGCUUGCUUAUCAAUCGGGAAACUGUUGCGCCUGCGUUACAGUGGCUCCAUACGGUGUCUUUCUUCCAUGCUGCGUUUGAAGCUCUUGCUGUGAACGAGCUGCGAUACCUCCAGUUGAAGGAGAUAAAGUACGGAGUUGAACUGGACCUCCCAGCGGCUACCAUCCUCUCUAUCUUUGGUCUUCGAGCCCAGUCGUUCUGGUGGCCCAACAUAUCGCUACUGGGCAUCUUCUUUGUGGUAUUCACCACCGCUAGUUAUCUUACGCUGCACUUUUUCGUGAAGGAGAAGCGGUAG